AUGCAAGCCGUCGCAUCUGGCCGCGAACCGGCCUCGCGAAGGUCCACUGCAUCAAAUGUGACAGCGCCCGGCCGCGGUGUAAUUGGUGCUAUCAUCGUAAGACGGACUGCACAUAUAGUCGCCAUCGCUCUGACCACUGCUGGCCCUAAGCGAAAUCUUAUCGAUCGUAUACGCCACAUCGACCAGCUUCGCGCGGAGUCAGGUCUGACGGACGGCCCACUCAUUGCGGAGGAGACGCAGUCGGCGCGUCAAUCCGCCGAACCAGGGCUUCUGCCUGGACCAAUACAGCUGCUGCCAUCUCCUCGGAUUAUCCACUUCGCAGGAUGGAAGAUUGGCGACAUACUGCCUGGACGGGGAGCAAUACCCACGUUGCUGCCCGAGGGUAUUCAAUGGAUCAAAUCGAGAACGGGAACAAUUGUCCCAUUCCCCAAUGUUCAACAUGUUCCGUGGGAGAAGGCAAAGAUAUCCCCAAGCCUAUUGCAUGGGGAGGGUCGAACCUCGACUAGACCGCUCGAGCUCCCAUCGAAGACCGUGCUGAAUCGCUACUUGGAUGCGUAUUGGGCGUCUUCAGUACACUCGCUAUUCCCAGUGAUUGAGUCUUCACUUUUCGGGCAAACGGUCAACUCUGCCUAUUCAACUGGGGACAGUGGCGCACAGGACAGCUCAAGGGCAUGUAUAUUUGCACUUCUUGCUCUUACCUGUGGCGUGGAUUAUCCCAGAGCUCGCUGCACUGCUCCUAUACCACCAAUUAUCCCAAGAGAUAGCUUUAUCUUCGAAGCCCAGAGGCUCUUGCCUUCCGUCAUAUCCGAGGGUUCGAAUCUGGAUGCGUUGCAGGCCACGGUCAUACUGGCCAUCCUGGGCAUAAUGACUGGCGAGUUGCAGCAUGCAACUCAUUAUAUUGCCAUUGCCUCGCGUUAUAUAACUGCCGUGGGAGCUCAUACUAUGGGCGACCCUUUUCAAAUGCCCCAGACCGUGUCCAGCACCUCAAGUGACAUACGGCUCAAGAGGCAUCUGCGUAACCUCUUCUGGAUCUGUUAUGUUGUGGACAAAGAAGUUUCACUACGCACAGGGCAAAGUCACUGCCUUAAAGACGAAGACUGCAACCUGCAGCUCCCGGCCGACUAUAUACCUGACCUUGUCCCACGAAUGACCUACUCCUUGCCCUGGAGCGAUGCUGAUGCCCCAUUAUUUCCAAUUGAAGUUCAGCUGUGUCUGAUUAAAUCCCGGAUCUUUAGCGCGCUAUAUUCAUACCAGGGGCUUCAAAGGUCCGAUGCUGAAAUCAUCCGUCUCAUUCGAGAGCUUGAUGACGAUCUUGAACGUUGGCGGCUUUCAAUGCCGCCCGAGCUACGGCCAACCCUGACUUAUGGAAAGGACGCCAAUAAACAUCCCAGCGCGAUGACCAUGUAUCUUGUCAUCAUGCACCUGAACUACUACUUCUGCAUCAAUAUCGUCCACCUCGCCGGCAGUCGGUGUGAGUCGUGGCGCUCCAGUUGCUCCUCGCCAGGGAUGAUGGAUGGGUUAAGGUCGAGCCUCACUAUCUCGGUUGGGGCAAGUCGCUCCCUUUUAAUUUUCCUGCGAGAUGCCGAGAGCUCGAUAAGCACGGGAGGAUUCUGGGCUCUGCUGUUUUAUACCAUGUCUGCAGUUAUAACGCUGUUCUGCAAUUUAUUGGAAAAUCCAACUGCGUUGACGGUAUCUGACGACACGCGCCUUCUUGUCAUGGCUGAGCACACUACAGAGCGCGUGUUUCUGCGGCAAAUCUCGGAACUUGACCAGGCGGCGCAUAUACAAGCGAUCACGAGUUUCAUAUCGCGUCUACGACAUAUCGCGCAGCAGGCCAUUCAGACGGCAAGAUCAUAA